UCACUACAACGGAUGGACUGAGUGUGUUAGUGGUAGUGUAUGGGCUGUUUUUACGCUCAUAAUGGACCUAAGCAUGGUGAAGGUGGAGCAGGUGGUGGUUCGGGAGGGGACGGGGGAGAGCACCGUGGAGAUGGCCUCUGACAAGCCGAUCAUCAUGAAAGAUCCUCCAGCCUCGUCCUUCAUUCAGCCCUAUCAGCAUGACAGCCUGCAGUGUUUCCAGUGCUUUAUCACCUUCUGUAACUCCAAAGCCAAGGAGAGGCACAUGAAAAAGAGCCACCGGGAGGAAUACAAGCAGCAGCUGCAGCAGAGCGACACACUUUUCACCUGCUAUGUGUGCGACCGGACCUUCCCUUCCUCAGAGGAGCUGACUGAACAUCAGGCCACCCACAACAAAGAGGACAAGCCCUUCAAGUGCCCACACUGCCAAGAAAGCUUCCGCACCUUCUCUGAGCUCACGUCCCACCGGCGGCAGGUCUGCCCAGAGAGGCAGUGCGUGUGCCGGGACUGUGGGGAGGCCUUCAGGGGCAUCAAUCUCCUGCGCAACCACCGCGCCAUCCACCACCCGCCACACCCGGAGGCCAACGUGGGCCAGGAGGAGGACGAGACCAAGACCCACCGCUGCGGCAAGUGCGGCCGCGGGUUUGAGACGGAGGCCGAGCUCCUGCAGCACCAGGAGAAGCACGCCGGGGACCAGCACUGUAACGGCAACGCCCCCGCCAAGAGACGGGGACGCCCGCCCAAGACGGCCGAGCCCGCCGACGUGGAGCAGGCUGGGAAACGGAAGAAGAAGGCAGAAGGGGAAGCGGAACCCGGGGCGGUCGACCAGACGGAGGAGGAAGCGCCGGCGCCCGGGGAGAAGGGGAGCACGGGGGGCCGACGGGGGCGGCCUCCCAAAUCAGCCCAGAAAGCCGAUCCCACCCCGGGCGGGCGCAAGGGUGGCAGCCCCCAGGCCCGCCAGCACCCAUGCCCCGAGUGCGAGGUGUCGUUCUCGGCUGCGGCCCAGCUCAGAGCCCACAAAAAAGAGAAGCACGGCCGGCCACCCCCUCCGCGCAAGGCCCACCCCUGCAAAGAGUGUGAGGAGAGCUUCGCCCGGCCGGAGCAGCUGGAGGCCCACACCUCCCGCGCGCAUGGUGCGGGUCGAUAUACCUGCCCCACCUGCGGCAAGAGCUUCGGCAGGGAGAACAGUCUGAAGGCGCACCGCCAGACUCACACGGAGGAGGGAGAAGCAGCAGAAGGGGGCAAGAGAUAAUUUGGAAAAGGGGUGGGGGGGU